GAUGGCUGCUGCAGCCUGGAGUGCGGUCGGAAGAUACGCCUCGAGAACAUCCGGGCUGCUGAGGGAGAGGCGGUCGAGUACUUCAGCUCGUCUCUGCAGAAGUGGAUCCCAGGGCGUGUGCUGCGGGCUGGGCGGGUGCCAGGCACCUUGGACCUGGACUGCAAGGAGAGUGCCGAGCUGGCGCGGGUGCGCUUGCCGUGGCCGCCGGCUGGUUCGCCGCCCUCGCAGCGGCCAGUGCCCACGGGGGAUCUGCCGCCCACGCAGCCGCAGAUGCGGCCCGGCAGUUCGUGCGGGCUGCAAGAUGCUUCUCAGGGGCCGCUUGCGCUCGCGCCUGGCGAGUGCUGCUUCUACAGGAGCUCCCUCAACGGCUGGAUUCCCGCCCAGGUCGUGCGGUUCCGAUCGGAGGACGGCACCUACGACCUCAGCGUGAGGCAGCAGGCGAGCGUCGACAGCAUCUGCUGUAUCCGAGCGGGAGACUGCAUCGAGUACCAGAGCACAUCCUCCAAUCAGUGGAUCGUCGCCAGGGUCCUGCGUCGGGGCUCGAAUCCCGAGACCUUCGACCUCGACUGCAAGCUUGGCGUGCACUUUGGUAGGCUGCGGCCAGCCGCCACGGGCCAGCUGUGCCGGCCCGCCGAGCCUGCUCCGGAACCUCCGUCUUGUGCGACGGGGACGCUUGGAGCCAGCCAGAAGUCUGCAGGCACGCUGCAGCCGCCCGCGCCACUGGCACCAUGGCGAGAGCCGCCCGCAUUCUGCUUGGCCCCGCCGAGAGACGGGAAGAUUCCCUCACAUGGGGAGCACCUCCCCUUCGCCUCGCAGCCGCGGUUGCAGCAGGUGCCGCCCAUGGGCUCUGCCAGGCUGGUGCCGGGCCUCUCCGAGGACAGCGGCGCAGCUCGCCUGCCAACCACAGACCCGAAGCUGCAGCAGUUGCCUCCCACAGAUCCGCAGCUCCAGGGCUGCGGCGCUGGUCACGCAGCAUCCGUGUUCAGCGCAAUUCGCCUCGUCGCCGAGGCGUCGUCCCCGCAGUUUGGCCGCGACGCCGGGGCCAUCGACACGGAGCCCUUCCUGGCCGGGCAGCGCUUGCCGGGGGAGUCGCCGCCUCCCUCGUGCGCGACGGUCGACAGACAGACCGAGGCGGCGCUGCGUGCCGACCUGCAGCGGGCGGCGCAGUCCACGGACCCCCAGUCUCUCCAGUCCGCCAUCCACCGGGCGACCUCCGUGGGCAUUGUCGGCCCCGAGGUCGCGCAGGCGAUGGGCACCCUGCGCGCCAUGGGGGCCCGGCUGCAGCCCAGGCGCUUGAGCUCUCCGCGAGACGCCAGCUGGGAGGGGGCCAGCCGACUGUAUUCCUACACGAUGCGGGCCGAGACGGGGAGAAACGUCAGGGGGGCGGCGACGGGCACGUCGGGGGACGACGUGCAGAGGGGCGGGCAGCGACCGCGCGCGAAACAUGACGGCUUGAAGGGUGCCUCGCUGCAGUCGGCCCCGUUGCCUCUGAACCGUACGUUCACGCCGGUCGCCUCGUACCUGUACACGGUGUGCUUGUUCUGCCAGGUCGUUCCGCUCGUGGGCUACGGGGAGUGUGGCUCCUGCAGCAGCACGGCCCUUCUGGGCCGGAAAUUCGCAGGCGUCCCCGACGGGUUGGCCGUCGAGCCGAAGGCGCCCCUGUCCGGUUGGCUGCGGACCAUGCUGUUCGAGGGCUGGCGGGCCCGGUCAGCGAUGAGCUUCAUGGGCGCCCGUGGCGGAUCUUUCAUGGCGGCGGGCCCGCACGGUGGCUGGGCCGCGGGCUCCCGCGGGGCCUUCGCCAGCGGGGGCGCCUACCCUGGGAUGGGCUACGCCGGUGGUGGAGGGGGGUGCUGCGGAGGCGUGGGCUGCGGCAACAGCUGCGGCGCGGACGGGUGCGGAGUGGGCGUGGCGCCCGCGUGCGGUGACGCGUGCUGCGGGGUCGCGGGCGCCAGUUGCGGGGGCAUCGCUGGAACGACGAUGUCGUAUGUGGGCAUGGGCGGCGAUUACAUCGCCACGACCACUUACCAGUACGUGGGCCAGGGUGCUGGCACCUUCACCGUGGUGCCGAUCCCCGCGGCCGGGUGCAGCCCAUGGUGGCUCUGCUGCUUCCUGCCGCUGCUCUUGACCCCCCUCCUCUUCUUCGCGGGGACCACCACCACCACGACCACGACCACAACGGCCCCCCCCAUCAUCACCACGCCGCCUCCGGACGUCGUGCCUACGCCGCCGCCGAAGGAGUGCUGCAUCGACAUGUGCAAUUGUGCCCGCGAUGGGACGCAGUGUGACGAUGACUGUGGCUCCGAGAAGUGUACCGAUUUCGACGACUGUGAUGAGAAGGGCAUCUGCAUCACGGGCACUCCCGAAUGCGAGAACCCCACGCCGGCGCCGCCGCCGCAGGGGCCCCAGAGGCACUGCAGGAUCUUCGGUGACCCGCACGUGGUGACGUUUGACGGGCAGUCAGCAAGCUUCUACUCUCAGGGCGAGUACUGGACUGUGAAGAGCACCACCGUCUGGAUGCAGAGCCGCUACAUGCCGACUCCGGUGACCAACGGCCUCUCCGUCAUGAAGGAGAUCGCGAUCGGCGGGCCCUUCCUGAAGGGCAAGGACGGCACGAAAAACGUCCUCCGCAUCUCCUCCCUCAGAGCGACCUUCAACGACAUCCCCAUCAUCUCCGGCUUUCCGGACGCCUGGGAGAACCAGGACCCGAUGAUCAAGGUUGUCACCGACGGCAGCGGGCAGGUGAUGCAAUCGAGCCGCCACGGCAAGGAUAUGCGCGUCGUGCACGUGGACUUGCCGCUCAACGUCCACCUGGAGAUCAACCGCUGGAACGAGCCGGGCGAGGGGGAUUACAUCAACACGAUGAUCACCAUGAGCAUGCAGCCCAACCAAGACGGCCACUGUGGAAAUUUCAACGGUGUGCUUGAAGACGACACCAGGCCGGCAAUCCGCGCCCGCAUCGGCACCACGGGUGUCCCGCAAGGGGAACUGCUCUUCCACACCAAGACCCCUGUGACGCCCGCGAACCGGCCCGACCUCAACAAUUGCCCGACCGACAAGACUGAGAGGGCCGAGGAGCUCUGCACGGGGAAGUCUAAGACCGGCAUUCCCAACAAAGACUGCAUGAUCGACGUGUGCUUCGGAGGGGAGCACUUCGCAGACAUGACCGACUACGACUAAUUAGGCGAGGGACGGCGCGCAAAGACACUCGCGAGCCAUGCUGCUCUGCCGCAUCUCGUGGAGGUGUCAUGUCGUGCACUGUAACCAGGCAAAGGCGGACGGCGCCGGCGCCCAAGUCAGGCUCACCGCUCCGCCGCAUUUUUUUCCCCAUAUCCUAAUGAAUAAUUAUUUUGCUCACCGCCGGCGGCUCGAAGCUGCGUGGCCAUGGGAAGGGCAAUGGUUAUCCGCAGGGGCUGGACAAAGCUACCGGUCUCAGCGGGGAAGCUCGCAGACCAUGUUCUCCGUUUCUGUAGCAUGGGUUGAGAGGUGCAACAAAUCAUUCUCGAAGGCUGUGGAGAGGGGGUAAGAAGCGUGCGGGCGAGGCGCAGCUGCGAG